GGUAAAGCGUGCAUCGUCGCGUACACCUUGAUUGAUAGUCGUGGCAGCUCUGCAUUCUUUUGUUCAAUCCUUAUUAGGCUUUUGUGUAGUGACCUUCUGCUUCGAACGCACAUCGCAUUACCUCAGCUCGUCACAGGUGGAGACGCGCCGACAGGAAGACAUUCGGAACUUUGACUUCAAUUGUCAUACCUCACCACGUGUGCUUCUGGCUUGUAGCGACCAUGUACGACUUCCGCGCAAAGAUUUGCUGAAACAGCGCGUCACACCGAAAACCUAAGACUGAGGAAGCCAUCGACUCAGACCGGCCAUCCGCGCAGAAGCAAUACACGCCUGCCUGCAAGCUGAAUCGACGCACCGCGAGCCUAUCGACGCACCGCUACCGUGUGAAAUUCCUUCUCCUACCUCGUGCUAGUCAUAAUCGUAGGAGCUAUCGCCUCUGCAAUGCCUACCUGGCUCGUCCACGGCUUCCGUUGGCCUCGCGUCGCCAUUCGCAUCCACAUUAUCCUCGAAAACCUGGAGGACUGCGCUGCCGAAUGGCUCAUGGCCCCUGCAACCGCCGCGCAGCUCACACAGAACUUUCGCAAGCAAUUUCCCGAACAACUUGCGCAUCUGCCCUCUUUGCGCUUCAUCGAGCAAUACGAUCCCGACGAUGAAAUCACCAAAGAUCAGCCGUACGCAUACGUGUGCGACCAAGUGACAGAGAUUAAGCUGGGCGUCGACAUUGACGAGGUGCGAGGUGCGGGCGUGCAAAGCGACACAUGGAGCGCCCUGGUGGAGCUGCGUGACAAAGUUGCGCCCGGAGAAAAGGUAGGCUGGUUUGUGGUGGUUAAUGGCGACGUGGAGAGGUGGGCACCGCCGCUUAGCGACGAAGAGGAUGACGAGGAUACCGAGACAGAAUUGAGUGUGAACGAAAACGGAGUACAGGAUAGCCAGGUCAGUCCUGUCAGUCAACCGAGCAGUGUAGCCAAAUCCGACGAAGAUGACAUGGGCAAGAAGAGAGGACUGAAAAAAUGGUUUGGGAAAAUACGAAGAGCUAGGAGCAUAAAGGAUCUAAAAAUCGCAGAUCUACCCAUUCAAACUGCCCCCCCGUCUCCAUCAGUGCCACCAGUUCCUCCCAUACCCCAGGCCGUAGCGGAGUCAAAGACAGCCACAAACGGGAAGGCCCCGGUUUUUGCAGGGACAGCAUAAUCUUCUGUCCUGGAUGCACAUGUACCUGACGUUCUGGCAUACCACUCUUUCUCACCUUAGUCGGCGUAUGGGCUUUGGACAUCUCGAUGUAUGAUAGACAUGAUGCGGAUGAGCAUGUACGGACUUAUACCAAUAUUAACAUGCGGAG